GCACCGGGGCGACCUGAUGUUCCCGACGGCCCGUGCGUCGGCGGUGGUUGGGUGGUAAGAUGGCGGCUGUGAGUCUGCGGCUCGGCGAUUUGGUGUGGGGGAAACUUGGCCGGUAUCCUCCUUGGCCGGGAAAGAUUGUUAACCCACCCAAGGACUUAAAGAAACCGCGUGGGAAGAAAUGCUUCUUUGUAAAGUUUUUUGGAACAGAAGAUCAUGCCUGGAUCAAAGUGGAACAGCUCAAGCCGUAUCAUGCACAUAAGGAGGAAAUGAUAAAGAUUAACAAGGGAAAACGAUUCCAGCAAGCUGUGGAUGCCGUAGAAGAGUUCCUCAGGAGAGCCAAGGGAAAAGACCAGACAUCGUCCCACAGUUCUGCUGAUGACAAGAAUCGGCGUAAUUCCAGUGAGGAGAGAAGUAGGCCAAACUCAGGUGAUGAGAAGCGCAAGCUUAGCCUGUCUGAAGGGAAGGUGAAGAAGAACAUGGGAGAAGGAAAGAAGAGGGUGUCUUCAGGCUCCUCAGAGAGAGGCUCCAAGUCCCCUCUGAAAAGAGCCCAAGAGCAAAGUCCCCGGAAGCGGGGUCGGCCCCCAAAGGAUGAGAAGGACCUCACCAUCCCCGAGUCUAGUACUGUGAAGGGGAUCAUGGCCGGACCCAUGGCUGCGUUUAAAUGGCAACCAACCGUGAGCGAGCCUGUUAAAGAUGCAGACCCUCAUUUCCAUCACUUCCUGCUCAGCCAAACCGAGAAGCCAGCUGUCUGUUACCAGGCAAUCACAAAGAAAUUGAAAAUAUGUGAAGAGGAGACUGGGUCCACCUCCAUCCAGGCAGCAGACAGCACGGCUGUGAAUGGCAGCAUCACACCCACAGACAAAAAGAUAGGAUUUUUGGGCCUUGGCCUCAUGGGAAGUGGCAUCGUCUCCAACUUGCUAAAAAUGGGUCACACGGUGACUGUCUGGAACCGGACUGCAGAGAAAUGUGAUUUGUUCAUCCAGGAGGGGGCCCGCCUAGGAAGAACCCCCGCUGAAGUCGUUUCAACUUGUGACAUCACGUUUGCCUGCGUGUCGGAUCCAAAGGCAGCCAAGGACCUGGUGCUGGGCCCCAGUGGUGUGCUGCAAGGGAUCCGCCCCGGGAAGUGCUACGUGGACAUGUCAACGGUGGAUGCUGACACAGUCACCGAGCUGGCCCAGGUGAUUGUGUCCAGGGGGGGCCGCUUUCUGGAAGCCCCGGUCUCAGGGAAUCAGCAGCUAUCUAAUGAUGGGAUGUUGGUGAUCUUAGCGGCCGGAGACAGGGGCUUAUAUGAGGACUGCAGCAGCUGCUUCCAGGCAAUGGGGAAGACUUCCUUCUUUCUAGGUGAGGUUGGCAACGCAGCUAAGAUGAUGCUGAUCGUGAACAUGGUCCAGGGGAGCUUCAUGGCCACCAUCGCUGAGGGGCUCACCCUGGCCCAAGUGACAGGCCAGUCCCAGCAGACACUCUUGGACAUCCUCAAUCAGGGACAGUUGGCCAGCAUCUUCCUGGACCAGAAGUGCCAAAAUAUCCUACAAGGAAACUUUAAGCCUGAUUUCUACCUGAAAUACAUUCAGAAGGAUCUCCGUCUAGCCAUUGCGCUGGGUGAUGCCGUCAACCAUCCGACUCCUAUGGCAGCUGCAGCCAAUGAGUUGUUAAGAAUCUGCCUGCCAAUGCAGGGGACACAGGUUCGAGCCCUGGUCCGGGAAGAUCCCACAUGCCGCGGAGCCUCUAAGCCCGUGCGCCACAACUACUGAGCCUGUGCUCUAGAGCCUGCGAGCCACAACUACUGAAGCCCGCAAGCCUAGAGCCUGUGCUCUGCAAUAAGAGAAGCCACCGCAAUGAGAAGCCCGCGCACCACAAUGAAGAGUUGUCCCUGCUCGCCGCAGCCAGAGAAAAGCCCGCGCACAGCAACGAAGACCCAACGCAGCCAAAACAUAAUAAAAUAAAUUUUUUAAAAUCUACAUUUUGUGAAACACGUACAUACAUGAAUCACACAGAUUCAUUUAUUUUAGAGACUCUGUCUUCCAAGUGCUAUAAACUAUAUGCAUUUUUAUUCAAGUUAAAUAGAGGUUUCAAGUAGCUUCUAUAGAGACAAAGAAGAAGUAAAAAUACACAGUACUGGGGAAUUCCCUGGCUGUCCAGUGGUUAGGACUCCUUGCUUCCACUGCUGGAGUCCCAGGUUCCAUCCCUGGUUGGGGAACUAAGAUCCUGCAAGCCGCACAGUGCAGCCAAAAAUAAAUAAAUAAAUAAAUAAAUACACAGUGCUGUUCUUUUCAGACCUGCCUUUUCAUAGUUUAUAAUCUUCUGUCCUUGAAUUCUGUGUCUCUGUCCUUCCUUCAUGUGUCUGAACAUCUCAGAGUACUUGUUUCACUCUUCCAGUUUGAAGUACAAUUUCAGGUUCCUCCUUUCUUACCUUCAGGUUCUCUCUUGGUAGUGGAAUUCCUCGUGUGUUGUAUAAUUUUUCGUUGAUGAGUUUGUAACUGUGGUUACUUCUGAAGGGUUCCAUGGUGGCUUGUGUUGGGAGCACUUCUCUGUGAGGUGAUUUCCACUUGCCUCUCCCUUGACUACAGGAUUCGUUGGCUUGGAAACAGACAUUUUGGUUAAUUUCUUGAUGGAGCACGGCACUUUCUGGCCACUGUUUGGAGUUCAGGAUCUUGAGGUUAACUGGUCCAUUAACAUUUAAUCUUUGUCUUGAAGUCUGUUGAUAUGUGGUUGGAUUUAGAGCUACUCUUUUAUCAUUUGAUUGCCAUUUGUCCACUCUGGCUUUUGUUUGUCUGUUCCUCCUUUCUUUUGGGAUAUCCCUUUUUUGGGAUAUUUGAAUAUAUUUUAGAAUUCCAUUUUAUUGGGACUUCCCUUGCGGUCCAGUGGUUAAGACUCCGCCCUCCCAAUGCAGGAGGCCCGGGUUCAAUCCCUGGUCAGGGAACUAGAUCCCACAUGCCACAGUGAAGAUCCCGAGAUCCUGUGUGCCACAACUAAGACCCAGCGCAGCCAAAUAAAUAAAUAUAUAUAUUUUUAAUUCCAUUUUAUCUGUUGGCUUUUUAACAGUGCAUCAUUUUUGUCUUUGCUCUAAGGAUUGCUAUACACAUCCUUAAUUUCACAUCCUAGAUUAGACCUCUUUACAUAAAAUGUAGAUCCAUUUACCUCUCCCUCCCUCAUCUUCUAAGGCAGGGUUUCUCAACCUGGGCACUAUUGACGUUUUGAUGUGGGUGCUCUCCAGUGCACUGCAGGGUGUUUAGCAGCAUUCCUGUCCUCUACCCACUAGAUGCCGGUUGCACCCCCUCAGUUCAUAGAAGGUGUCUCCAGACAUUACCAAAUGUCACUCCAGGUGGGGAGCAAAAUGAUCCCGGGUUGAGAACCCCUGCUUUAGAGUACAGAUGUCCUAUGUGUUACAUUUGUCUUUGUUUUAAACCCACCAUUGUCAGAAUGUCUUGCUUUAAGUAGUCAUAUGUAUUUUAAAGAAAUUCAGAGAAAAAAUAAGUUCAUAUUUCUCUAAUUUACCAUUUCCAGUACUUUCCUUUCCUUUCUGAAGAAUUGAAUUUCUCUCUGGUAUUGUUUUCCUUUCAGCUGGAAGAACUUGCUUUAGCAUUUCCUGAAUGCAGGUUUGCUGGCAAUGAUUAGUUCUCAUUUAUCUCAAAAGGUCUUUAUUUAGUCUUCAUUCUGAGUUGACAGCUACACCUGAGCUGUAGUGGACAUCAUGUUUAGAAAAAGAAAAAAAUGCAGGCAGCCAACUGUGUGGGAGGAACCUGUGUCCAGCUGCAUUUUUUCAACAUGACUGGAUGUUGUGCUGCCCUUGUUAAAUGAUGGCUUUUUAAUUUUUCUCACACUCUUUCAUAUUCGUCUAGUACCUUUAGGGUGGCUGUUAAUUGCCAAGCACCAUGCUAGGCUCUGGGGACACAGGGUGCAGCCCCUUCUUUUCCUUAUGGAGCUUACAUUUUAAUGGAAGGAGGCACAAAGUAAGCACAUAAAUGUUUAAACAAGUAAGAAUUGCAGAAGGUUAGAAUUAUGAAUAAAGUGGAACAGAGUAAAGGGAUGGAGGUGGCUGGGUAAAGUGGUGCAGCUGCUGCUUCAAAUGGGAUGGUCAGGAAAGGCCUUGGAGCUGAUUGGGAAGGAGCCAGCCAAUGCUGAGGGAAGGACAGGGACAGUGGCCCAGAGAAUAACAUGGGAAGUCCUUGGAGCAGGAAGGAACAUGAUUAUAACUACUAACAAUGCUGAGCCCUGCCUCUGAGCCCUUUAUAUUCGUCACUCCAUUAAUCCUCACAAUAACCCUGUUACCUUCUCCAUAAAGUCAAGAAGCAGUGGUGGAGACACAGAGAAACUGAGGCACUUUGUCCAAGGUUAGGCCAGUCAGUGGGUGAUCCAGGAGUCACGCCCAGACAGCCUAGACUCCAGAACCUACCUACCUAACCACAUCGAGAACCGCCUCUCGGAAGCAGAUCUGUGUCUGUAAGUCAGCUUUGUGGCCAGACUAAGCCCAUGUCGUUUUUUUCCAGGUGUACAAAAGAGCCAAGGCACUGGACCAGUCUGACAAUGACAUGUCUGCCGUGUACCGAGCCUAUAUACACUAAGCCCUUGACCCCACCCCCACCCCCCCAUCUUCCCUCUGACCCCCUCUUCCUCACAUGGAGUUGGGGUCCUGGGACUUAACUCUGGACCAGUCCACCUGUCUCCAUCUUCUUUUUUACAGACUUUGAGACUUGCCAUCAGCACAGCACACAGCGUCGCUCCUCCCCUAGAGGUCCUGGAGAGGGGAGGGGUGUCAGCAGGAUUGGCCUGUGGGAAAGCUCUUGAGCUGGGCACCGGCCUUGGACUAGGUGGCUGUGUGUUCACACACACAAACACACACACACACACAGACACACACACACACACACACACACACACAACCCACCAUACUGGCUCUCGCCCCAGGAUAGAAGCUGCCCAGAAACUGCUGCCUGGCUUUUUUUUUUUUCCCUUUUUCCAAGCUGUCUUAUCUCAAACCCCUUCCAGCUGAGGAACUAGAAUCAGCAGUGAGAAGUGGAAGCUUUCCCACUGCUUCCCUCACAACGAAGAGGCUGUGGUUCUGUCCACUGUCCCCCACUGGAUCCCACGCAGAGAGAGGCUCUGGGCCAAGAUGAGCCAGCAGACUGUAAACCGAGGGUCCCAUGGGCCCUCCAACCUCAGGUGACCAGCUGAUGAGGAUUGUCAUGUUUAAGCUACCAAUGUGCAACCAACUCUCCAUAAAUGCCUUUGUGAGCUGAAAAGGGAUUGGCAGAGUCAAGCGAAGACAGGGCUCUGGCUUUCCAGGGAAAGCAGCAAACAGCCCGCCCCUAGGUGAGCUUCACAGAAGCCCUCUCCUCACUGCUGUUCAGCACCUGCCCGGAAGUCACCGUCACUGUGGAGCCUGGGCUGGGAUCAGACUUCCUUGCUUUGGUGUAAGGGUGCUCACUCCUCACCAGGCUGUUGUAGUAUUUGGAUUUGCAUUCCAGUCCUCAGGAAGGGGGUCCUGAGGGCCAGCACUGAGGAUUGAAGAGGGAGGGGUAUGGGGUUCCUUCCUAUUUCCAUUACGCCACAGACCCUUCACCUGGUUCUGAAGAGCCACUCUGACCCACAUCCCCUCACAGCAGUCCCACCUUCUCCAGCCCAUCCCUGCACAAGUUCCCUGCAUGCCCACCUCUCUCCAUUCUCCUCCCCUCCCCCUUUUCUUCUCAUGGAGACAGUAUUGCUUUCUGUCUCUUCCUUCUUUGGUCCAGACCCAACCUGACCAACGAUGACCAUUUCUUAGGCUCAGCUCUUGAAACAGGAAUGAGUGUCUGCACUUCAGCCAGCAGCUUGGUCUUCGGUGCUUUCAGGGUCCUGGGGUCUGUUGGGAGGGAAGAGGAGAACUAGGCCUGACUGAACCAGAGCUACCUGACCCUCAGAGGCAGAUCUAAGACAUCCUCGAGACCCUAGCAUUUCUCCUUGGAUAGGGGACCAGAGGGGCUUGGAAUGUGGCAUAAGAACAAGGAGAAGUUACCUAAAGGAUGUCAGUGUUUUCUCCCUCUGCAUGGGUUGGAUUUUCCAAAGUCACACCGCAGAAGGUCAGCAAUUAUAGUGAAUAUGUGAUGAUAAACAAUGAGGUGGCCACGCUGGUGUGGGGCCCCUCCCCCUCACAGCCUUGGCCCUUUUCCACUGAUCAGAACCCAGGUCAGGGGAUCUCAGAAGACAUGGGUGGAGGGCAGGGGAGAUGCCCGUGGUUUUUGGCACAGUUGUUAAUUUCACUGGGAUUUUGAAUUCUUUUCUGUCUGAACACAAAGCCUGUUCUAGUCCUAGCCGGACACUAGGGGGUGGGGGUGGGGGAAGAUGCUGUAAUGAAACUGGUUAGUCAAUGUUGUCUUAAUAUUGUUGACAAUUCUGUAAAGUUCCUUUUUAUGAAUAUUUGUUUAAGCUAUUUCACCUUUGUUUUGAAAUCCUUCCCUUUUAAGGAAAAAAUGUGACACUUGUGAAAAAGCUUGUAAGAAAGCCCCUCCUCCACCACCCUUUUUUUUUCCUUUAAACCUCCUUUAAAUGACAAAUCUUCUAGGUAAUUAAGGUUGUGAAUUUUUAUUUUUGCUUUGUUUUUAAUGAACAUUUGUCUUUCAGAAUAGGAUUGUGUGAUAAUGUUUAAAUGGCAAAAAUAAAACAUGAUUUUGUGCAAUUAACAAAAAGCUACUGCAAGCAAAAUAAAAACGUUUCUUGUUAACACAA